AGUCUGUUAAGUGUUAAGACUCAGCCCUUCCUGCCUGUGCAUCUCGAAAGCUGUAGUCUCUGAUCUAUGACAGCAUGAACCAACUUUAUAUCCUUUUACUGGCCCUUUGGUCAGCUUUCAAUUCGUCUGAUGCGUGGGACCCAGAUGAACGUACAACAAGAGAUCCAAGGCAGAUGAUGAACGAGAGUCAUCCAACAUUUUCAACAGAUAUUUACCCAAUGGUUUUGGAAGAAGAAGAUCUAGAUAGUUGGGGAACUGCGUUUGAUGUAUAUGAGCCCGAGUCUGACAAUGUCCCAGAGCUCAACAUCGCAGUGUACCGACAGAUAGAGGACAGAGAGCAUGUGAUCGUGCUGUGCAAGUUUGCAGAAAUGUUUAGAAUGACAUACAGAGGGUCUUUUGAGCUGUCUGUGGAGAGUGAACUGGACUACACCAUAGAACCAGUGGAAUUCUUUCCUUUUUAUUAUUCAGAAAUGCAGGUGUUUCUGGUCACUGUGCGUCCACCUGCUUCCUUCACCUGUGUUCAUGAGAUUGAUUCUGAUCUAGAUGUCAGGAACCUGCGCAGCCAGACCUACAAUUACAGUGGGUCAGUCUCAGAUCAUCCUGAAGAAGGAGCAUCUUUAUUAUACAUCUGCUUUUCCUCCUUCAUUGCUGUUGGUCUCUUCAUCAUGACUGCAGCAGUGAUUGUGAUCAACAUCAGGAGCAAAACUAAAGACACCAACUCCACAGCAGUUACCGACAAUGACUACAUGGAAGCAUGAAAAAUCCCUUUCAGAAGAAAACAGAACAGGCCUGAAGAA